AUGGCUCCCACCCCAGCGCGCCGUCCUCCUCCACAGCCCACCCCGCGCGCCGUCCACCUCCGCCCACCACCGCGCGCCGUCCUCCUCCACAGCCCACCCCGCGCGCCGUCCACCUCGAUAGCCCACCCUGCGCGCCGUCCACCUCCGCCCACCACCUCCGCUCCACCCUGGCGCGCCGUCGUCGCUAGGGCGCCCCACCCCCGCGCGCUAGCGAGGCCCAUCCCCGCGCGGGGUCAUCGCCAGGGCUUCCCACGCCCGCGCGCCACGAUCUCCAUUGCUGCACCAGCUGCAAUCCCCCCACGAUCUCCCUCUGAACUGCUCCACUCCCUCCACUUCGAUGAGGAUAAAUGUGGGCGCGACGUCUCCACGCUCUUCUUUCCCUUCUUCCUGCCACGCUUGCUCUCGCCGUCCUCCUUGCCGGUAGACUUGCCCGCGGGGACGCGCUUCUCCGCCUUGGGCUUCUUCCCGGCGGUCGUCUUCUCCGCCGCGGGCUUCUCCUCAGAAGAACCAUCAACUGACAAUAACAUGACACCCAAGCUUACUACACAAGAUUACUCACGUCUAAGCUCUUCAGUAAUAGCUCACGAGCUGCAACUAAAAAAUGGAGAAACCAGAUGGGUGGUUGAUACCAUUGUUGGUAAAGAGGAUGGACUUGGUUGUGAGAAUCUCCAUGGCAGUGGGGCGAUUGCCAGCGCAUAUUCUAAGGCAUACAAAGAGACCUUUACUCUGACAUUUGUGACUGGAAGAGCUGUUGGCAUUGGGGCUUAUCUGGCUCGUUUAGGCAUGAGGUGUAUACAACGUAUUGAUCAACCAAUUAUUUUGACUGGGUUUUCGGCACUAAACAAGCUCCUGGGGCGGGAGGUGUACAGUUCUCAUAUGCAAUUGGGUGGCCCCAAAAUCAUGGCUACAAAUGGCGUUGUCCACCAAACUGUGUCAGAUGACCUUGAAGGUGUUUCUGCUAUCCUGAAAUGGCUCAGUUAUGUUCCUCCAUAUGUUGGUGGUCCUCUUCCCAUUAUGAAACCCCUGGACCCACCCGAAAGACCAGUAACAUACCUCCCUGAGAAUGCUUGUGAUGCUCUUGCAGCCAUCUGUGGCAUUCAGGAUGGUGAAGGGAGGUGGUUGGGUGGUAUGUUUGAUAGGGAAAGCUUUGUGGAAACAUUGGAAGGUUGGGCAAAAACAGUUAUCACCGGAAGAGCAAAGCUUGGUGGAAUACCAGUUGGUGUCAUAGCUGUAGAAACCCAGACUGUGAUGCAAGUCAUCCCAGCUGGUCCAGGUCAGCUUGAUUCCGCUGAGCGCGUAGUCCCUCAAGCAGGUCAGGUAGAUUACACCAGCAGACCUGCAGGUUACAUAAACCAAUCACUCUUCAUCAUCUUCAUCUUCAUCGUCAUCAUCCGGAAUGGCAGUGUCAUCGCCAAUACCCUGCAGAAGGAAUUUCUGGCAACAACUGAUGAAUCUAAUGAAGAGCCUGUUUCAAAACAUUCGCCCAAGUCUGGAGAAAUUAUCUGCAAACACAAGGAUAAAGGUUUUGAGCAUUUUGCUCAUGGACUUUGUGAAAAAUGCUACAAUAAGUUCACUAAACUGUCGGGUGGACUAGAAGGUGGUUCUGUCCCUCCAGCAUUCCAACGAGCUGAAAAGAAAAGACUUGAAGCUGCUAAAAGGGCUGAAGAAGCUGCAGCAGCUAAGGAGGCAGCGCUGGAAGAAUCUCUUUGCGACACACAGAAUUCUGAGGUUGAGAGUGCCAUGACUCCUAGAAAGGGUUUAAGUGGAGAUAAAUCUUCGAAAAUGGGAUCUGAGGGACUCAUAAAUGACUCUAUGCCACCCAAGGAUCCUGAAGAGGGAGGUUUGUUACUUCCUGAAUCAUCAUGCACUGCAGUAAUUUCAGUUUUCUUCUUUUGAAUCCUUGUUUGAAAG